AUGUACUUACCUUUAUUAGAUGACGUAGAUAAAAUAAAACAAUAUAGUUGGGGGUCCGCUACACUAGCGCACCUAUAUCAUUCUUUAUGUCAUAACUCAAUAGCCAAUACCGGAAAUUGGACUGGAUGUGGUGUUCUUCUACAAUCUUGGGGUUGGUCAAGAAUGACCAAUCUAGCACCUAUCCAACAAAAUCAGUUUGAAUUCCCAUUCGCUAGAAGGUGGUCUUCGCUUGGAAUGAAUUAUGACAAUUGUCCCCACUUCAGUAUAACGCAGUACCGCAAUCUUAUUGAUCACUUGGCCCAAGAAGAUUUCAUUUGGCGGCCGUAUCUUGGUCUAGAAGCAUUUCAUCAAGUUGAACGACAAGAUUCUGCGGUGUGGAGUGCAAAGGUGCCCAUUAUCAACUUCACCACCGUCGAAAUGCACAACAGUGACCGUGUGAAACUUCAAUUUGGAAUGCUUCAAGAUAUUCCAUGUCCCCCAAAGUGCAUACCAGACAAAUAUCACAACGGUAAAGUCUCCGAUCAAUGGGAAUAUAAUCCGUGGACCAAGUAUGCAAAACACGAGUGUCGUGAAUGGAGGCAUCGCACCAACUACGUUUUGUCCGACAACGUGUUUCCAUACGAAAUGAAACAAUCUUUACAAUACAUGACUUGGUAUAGGUCUGUAUCAAUUGGUUUCAUUUCACAUCCAAGGUAUCUUAAUGACCCACGCCAACAAGAUUCAUCAUCAAGGCCCCAACAACCAUCCCAACCCUAUUUCGAACCGCCAACCCAACCUCAAUGCCAACCAUCAACCCAAUACUAUUUCCAACCGCCAACCCAACCCAAUUUCCAACCGCCAUCCCAACCCCAUUUCCAACCCCCCACCCAACCCUAUUUCCAACCCCCACUCACGCAAUCACAACCAUAUGAACAUACUCCUAACCAAUUCACUCCAUUCACACAAACUCAUUCACAAUCCGAAUACCAACAACAUCCACCACAAUACCACACAUACUCCCAGUUUCAAACACCCAAUCAACCAAUACCCACCCAAUCAUUUACACCCAUCCCACCCUACGAUCAGGCAGGCUAUCGUCCUGAAAUUGCCUCGUCUAGCCAACCACCCCAAACUAACUAUGAAGGCAUGGGCAACUCUUUUGAUUUGGAUGACUUAACGGAUAUGGAUCCGUCUGCAUGGGCCGAAGUGAUACAAAUGCUUGAUGACGACACAGUGGACCCGACUCCACCACAACGACCACCAAGAAACGUGCGUAAUCGAGGAUGCGGUACGGGCGGACAUUUAAAUCGACCGAGUCGUAGAAAUUAG